ACUACCUAAAGCCUAUUGCUGAAGAAGAGAGAAGAAUAGAGGCUGAAGAGAAAAAGAGACGUGAAGAACUUGAGCGGAUCGCGAAAGAGCUUGCAGAAGGUAGUCUCUCAGUUUAA